UGAGGAUGAUUACCAGUCGCUUGGGACAAGGCGAAUUACAUUGAUGUGACCUCAUCCGGCCCUACGCUGUGAAAACGAACGUUACACUCAUGCCCGGUCCUGGUAUUUGUGUCUGCAGGCACUCAAAUGUAUUUGGUUGUAGGGGGGUCGGUCAGCAUCUAUCCGUCGGAACAUUACGUACAUGUCGCAUGUUUAUGCCCCAAUACCUCGUCAGGUUGCCACCAAGUCGCUUGGCAGCAUUAUAGUGCAGGUAGGUAUCUUAACGUCGUCUGGUAACACGAGAGAGAUAGAGGGCAAUGCUUGGCUUAACUGGGGGAAACAUAAUACCUCCGCAGGACAGCGGCCAUAGCCUAUCGAGCCUCUUCCUAUCCCCGCCACAAACAGUAUCUCGCCCAAGAUGUAAAGCCGGGCACGAGGCCCGGCAGGCCCGAGGUCAGUCACACAUGGGGCGCCGUGACGCCGACCCGCUUUUCUCGCGCCGAAUUCCGACAACGGCCAGGGUUGUGGUUUUGGGAAGGGGGUUCCAAUUCCCAUCGUCCUCUUUUUUUUCUCUCCCUUUUGGAGGUUUUUUUUUCUCCAUUUUCAUUUCAUCUUAUUCCCAUGCAUCGCGGCUCUCGCUUAUAGGGUUCCUUUUUGGCCUCUCUCUCUCUCUCUCUCUCCUACCCUACCCUACCCUACCCUCCCCCCUGGUGUGAUAUGUAGAGUGACCCAGCAGACAGAGAGAGAAUCCAUGCUCUUGAGUGCCUCCCCGCCCCUCGUCUCAGGUGGUUCUGGGGGAGAGUCCGGGAAUUGAAGUGAUAGGAAACGGUGUCUCUCGCUCGCUUCCGAUAUUGAAAUGAGAUGAUACUACAGAUUGUAAUGUUCCAAGGUCCCGGGUUUUUGGCAUGUGAUACUUCCGGUUCCGGUAAAGAAUAAGAAUAAAAAUAAAAAUAAAAGUUGGCCUGCCUGGCUAGCGUGCGACUGGAAAUACUGUUCACCUUUUGUCACAUGGAGAUCUCUCUAUAGUGGCUUUUAUGUUACUUGGUCACACGGUACGGCAUGCCAUGAGAGACCGAAAAUUUCGAUAUGAUAUCGGAGGCUCUUGCUGCGUGACGGAACGUCAUGCAAAAAGAAAUCUUGGCAUGAUAGAUUGGGGAGGGG